GUAACUAUUCGAAAGCAAUGCACGCACAUUGUUGGUGCGCUGCGGCCUGCGCCAUGUGGCAGAACGGACAUCGAACGAGUAUCUGCCGCCAUAUUAAAGCGCUCUCGCAUAGUCCGGGUGCUGUAGUAGCGGGUACUUCUUCGUUCGUUCUCGUCGGCCCAAAACUACUAGCACCUUCGCAUCUAUCAUGACCACUGUGACAGCGCCGCACAUACACAUAAAGCGUGCGUCACGUUAGUCACUCGGCCAGAGGGCGCACGCGUACCCGCUUCGACGGCGUUGUUACGUGUUGAACCUUCCCCGGCGUAGUGUUAAGGCUACGCUUCUAUCGAGCGGACGUGUCGGUCGCGCUCGUUGUCCAGCUGAGUGCCUGCGGUGCGUUUAUUUCUAUACUCAAUUCUUUCAUUUCCGUGCGUGCGCUAACAUUAAUCGCCAUUAAAAGAUCCUCACGAGUGUGUGGUGCGGUACGCUUCCACGAGUUUUGUUUCCACGUCGUCGAUUUCUUUUCUGGGCAUUCUAUCUGUCUGUCUCUUGGAUGCGGCCCACGCCUACGAUGUAACCCGGUGUGUUUCUGUGUACGCGCGCGUGGUGAAAGGAAAGCUUGCGGGGGAAGGUUCAGUAAUUUCACGGCACUCGGAGCCGGAGCCUAUAAACACUGUCUGCGAUGGUGGUAAUACAGUAGAGCGUCGAGAGCAACGAGCGGCGACGUGGGCGCGCAGGUUGGAGACGGAACCGUGCGUCGGGAAACUAGGUUGCGACUACAUUCGCACGUCUGUUUGUGGCAUGGUGUAACAAAUGGCACGUGAUUCGACAAUGGGGCGAGACCGAGUGCUUGUCGUUCCGAGCACAGGCAUUGCCCUCAACAGCAGCUCUUCGCCGUCAUCGUCGUCGUCGUCGCAGGCUCCCUCCGAUAUCAACCAGCAGAUUCUGGAGCUUCAGAAAGAGCAGGAGCUCGAGAAGCAGAAGUUAUGGCAUGCCUUCCAGGAAAAAAACAAGGAACUGGAGAUGCACCAUCGUCAGCAGCUGGAGCACAAAUUUCAGGAGUUGCGCGAUCAGCGGAUAGCGGAAGUGGCUGCGCAACAGCUCGAGCGCCGUGAACGUGAGGCCGUCAAACGGAAGGAGAAGCACGAUUGCUGCGCAAAUGCAAGCUCUGAAGUGAAACAAAAGUUACAGACCUUCCUCAUACAGAAAAAGCAAGCCGCGGCUUCGAACGGCUUAAAUUCAUCAUCGUCGUACAGGAACUGGGGUGUUGUAAAGUCGUCCUCUGGUGAAUCGCUUCCGGCGGGGGCCGUCGCAGCGGCCGUGAAUUCCCAUCCGUAUAAAAUUCCGCCGCCACCAAUCGCCAUCGGGAAGUACGAUCCGGACUUUCCGUUGCGAAAGACAGCGUCCGAACCUAACCUGCUGAAGAUUCGUCUUAAGCAGCGCGUGAUUGAAAAAAGAUCCGUUAAUGGACCGAUCGCCGCCCGGCGUCAGGAACGCUUGCGCCGACUCCAGAAGCAGCACCAGAACCAGGCGCUAUCUUCAAAUUGUCCAGUUUCUGGCACGACGACGGAUUCCGGUCCUAACUCACCACCCACCGUCGGAAGCCGGGCAUCUCCGACAAAUGCUCCGAUUCAGGAAGAGAACGAAGAUCCACAGUACGGGUCAGUAGCUCGCUCUAGCAUCAAUGAUCUGUCGCUGUUUAGCUCACCCUCAAUGCCCAACAUUUCGCUUGGUCGACCACAUCUCGGUCCAUCGGCCCAUUCUGCCACCGCUGUGCACUUGGCGAUGAACGCCAUCAGACCGCCACAACUUGUCGGUGGUCAAGGCCCGCCAUCGUCAGCUGGUCCACUGGCGUUCGGUAAUCCGAUGCUGGAAAUGGCUGAGCAGCAGUUGCACCACCAGCACCAGCACCACCACAGUCAAAACGCAGUAGCUGCUGCGGCUGCGGUCGCUGCAGCUGCAGCCGCCACUGGCAUCGGCAUCGGUCGGGCACAACUGCCUGGUCUGCAUGCAGCGGCCGCCGCAGCCGCAGUCACUUCCGCCUACCAGCAAUCGAUAACAGAUGCACACGUUGCUCAAGCCCGACUUAACAAGCAGGGCCAUCGGCCGCUGGGACGCACCCAGUCCGCUCCGUUGCCGCUCGGUCAUCCGAUGCUUGCCGGUGCAAACAGCGCCAUGGUGAACAUCACCCAAACCCAUUUCGAAAAUAGUGACGCUGAGCGACAGGCAUACGAGCAGCAUCUGCUGAUGAAGCAAAAGAUACGCCAGACGGCGCUGAAUCGGGCCAGCAACUGUGUCAAUCGAGAACCACAGUUGCGCGAAGAGUUGGAAUCAAACGAGGUAAUCGAUCUGACCGACAAGAAGCAGCCACCGAAAACAGUGCUGGCAAACUGCGUCAUCAAAAGCACCUCGCAAACGUUGAUAGCGCAUGACGAACUCGUAUCGCCGUCGCACGCGCAGCAGCAACAUCAACAGGCGCAACAUCUUUCGGAAUUGAUGCAGCAGCAUCACCAUCAUCAUCGUGAGCUACUACUUCGCCGGUCAAUGCAGCUGCCGAUGCUGGAGGAGCCUUACCAUGCUGGGACGGUUGCCGCAACAGGUAGACCAAUGCUGCGCCCGCUUUCCCGUACGUCGUCCAGUCCGCUCGUGCAUCUCUGCUCGGCGACAGCGCAGCUCGGGGCCACGCAACAAAGCAUGUUCUCGGACACUGGUCAACAGCUGCCGCAGGACGACGACAUUCCGCCACCGGUUAACCUGACAGUCCAGAAUCGAAGUCGGUCGCUUCUCAACUACACCCACGACAGCCUCGCUAUUUCGGCCGUGGCCGCCGCAGCCGCUGUAGCAGCCGCUGCGGCCGCUGCCAGUUCGUCCUCUGCCUGUUCGAGCCCCGUGGGACCGAUGCCCCUGCAGCUCACCACGUCUGCGUCUGCCUCGACGAUUGUACCAUUGGAAUCGCACGGACCCACUGCGGCUACACUCACAACCGCAAACCCCUCCAUUACCACCGGACUAGCCUUUGACAGUCUCAUGCUGAAGCACGUGUGCGUCUGCGGCGAUAAUGCUAACCAUCCCGAGCACAGUGGUCGCCUUCAGAGCAUCUGGGCGCGGCUGGUAGGAACCGGAUUGGCGGUGCGCUGCGAUAAACUUCGCUCCCGUAAGGCCACUCAGGAGGAGUUGCAAACCGUGCACAGCGAGGGCCAUGCACUGCUCUUUGGUACCGGGCAGCUCAAUCGGCAGAAGAUAGACACGAGCCGCGUCAGUUUCGUGCGGCUCGCCUGUGGCGGUGUGGGUGUUGAUCUCGAUACGACCUGGAACGAGCAUCACACGGCUGCUGCGGCGCGGAUGGCGGCCGGAUGUGUUAUCGAUCUGAGCUACAAAGUGGCGCGCCGUGAAAAUCGCAACGGGUUUGCCGUGGUUCGACCACCGGGACACCACGCUGAAACGGACGCCGCAAUGGGCUUCUGUUUCUUCAAUUCGAUUGCAUUGGCCGCAAAGCUGCUGCGUGUUCGGAUGCCGCACGAUAUGCGUCGCAUUUUGAUCGUCGACUGGGACGUGCACCAUGGUAACGGGACGCAGCAGGUAUUCUACGAUGAUCCGAGCGUGCUGUACUUAUCGAUUCACCGACAUGAUGAUGGUAACUUCUUCCCCGGGACGGGUGGACCGACCGAGUGUGGAGCGGGUGCGGGCAUUGGAUUCAACGUGAACGUAGCUUGGUCUGGUGGGGUGAAUCCACCACUAGGUGACGCCGAGUAUUUGGCCGCGUUUCGCACGGUAGUGUUGCCGAUUGCGAGAGAAUUCCAUCCCGAUAUUGUACUCGUUUCGGCCGGAUUCGAUGCGGCUAUCGGCCAUCCGGCCCCUCUCGGGGGUUACGUCGUUUCGCCGGCCUGCUUUGGCCAUUUGACGCGUGAACUGAUGCAGCUAGCCGAUGGAAAGAUUGUUCUGGCACUUGAAGGCGGCUACGAUCUCCCGGCGAUCUGCGACUCAGCUGAGGAGUGCGUUCGAGCGUUGCUAGGUGUGGAAAGCAUUGCUUCGAUCGAGCCCGCGGAGCUUGCCCGUGUGCCGUGCCAGGCAGCGAUUGAAACGUUGCAGAAAACAAUCGCCAUACAGAUGUUGCACUGGCCAUGCGUGAAGCGCUUUGCGCACACCGUCAACCUGUCCGCCAUACAGGCACACAGUAGCGAACGAGAAGAGUCGGACACGGUUACCGCAAUGGCCGGACUUUCGAUGCAAACGUUAAAGAGAACAUCGGAUGUUUCCUGCGAGAGUUCAGAGGAACCGAUGGACCAGGACGAAUCAAAAUGAAGCGCUUGUCCUGGAGGAACUCAGGGAACUAUGCUGAAAGUAACAGCAUUACAGUGGCAGAUGCACCUGCUUAAUGAAUGAGCCUGCGUUAUUGUAAUUAGAUGGUUGGUUGGUGGUAUUAGUGUUUUUAUACUGUUUGUAUGCGCGGUGUUUUUGGGAACUUUUUGAGAUUUGGUCUGUGGGGUUAAAGGCUAAAGGUGUAUGUCUGGCACACGUUCUUUGCGAGCAAAAUUUGUUAUUACGAUUUUUUAUGCUGUGAAGUGUGGAUAAAAGAUAUGCGCCGGCGUGUAGAACAUAUUGAUGCACAUAUUUAUGUGCAAAUGUAUGGGAAUGUGGCGUUGGAUUAGUUGGAAUGUUUUUCCUUUUCUUGCUAGCAGCAAUGCUUCUCCUACCAAACCACUACUCAAAACACUCUCGGUAUCCUUUCACACGAGUAGCCAUAUUGCCUUUCGAGCAGCUGCUGCUGUCUUCCCAUUCUGAGUAUCGCCACUUCUUCACUUAGAUUUCCAAUUGUUAGGUGCAUAUACGGAUAUAUGUAUAUCGUCGUUAUAAACAAACAAGUGAAAUACUAUUAUAAAUCAGGGAAAAAUUACAAAAAGAAGUAGAUGAAAAGAAAGGCCUGAAAGGUUCUGGAUCAUGGAUCCUCGUUUACAACACUUUUUAUACGUUAAUCAAUAGAUGGGGUUUCGAUGAUUACGUGCAAGAAAUUAUAGUGGCCAACGAAACAAAGUUUAUAUCGACAAACACAAACAUUUUGUGAAAUACGAGGAUGAACCAUUUAUGUUAGAUCAAAAGUCAGUCGAAGCUUCAAUUAAUAGUAUUUUUAGUUUUUUCCGUCUAAAUAAUAUGUUUAGCUUUUUUUGGAAGUAUGAUCUAUUUUGGGAUACAUACGAAAAGUGUUAGCCAUACAGAUUCAGCACACCAAAAGUUUUUCUGGUGCGAAACAAAGUUUAUUUUUCGAAAAAACGCAUCCAUAGACUAUUCUGCCUUUGCAAUUUGCUUCUUCAUGUUGAUUUGACACUCUUAUAAGAGACAGUUUUAACUCUUCAUAAAUGUGGGUAACUCUUAACAAUUCCUCAGUCCAGAGCACUUUUUCCCGGAAUGAAUGAACAGUUUAAAUAUGAUUAUGAUAACAUAUCUCUCUUUUCUUUAAAUUCUUAGAUGCGGAAACAUUUAGAAAUAAUGGCCAGAUUUGCCCGCAUCAUAAUGUAAUGUAAUCAUAUACCAUGGCAUCGUCAGAUGACAUGCACAUAAGGGAUUUCUUUAUCUUUACCUUCUGAUUGAAGUUUCUGUUGAGUACUUGUGGCUGAUAGAAGAGGAUUUGUAGUUUAUAGAUUCAUUUUCAUACAUUUUGAUAAUUUUUUUAUUGCUCCCUUAGUUUUGUAACAUAUUUUUGCAAUUUUCUUGUCUACCAUUUUUUGCCUAACCAUCAAAAUUCAUAUUUAUGACCAUUUGAUUUUCUUCAUUGCCUAUUUUAUAAUAUUUCGUAGUUUUUCUUGUGCCAUCUCAUAAGCUGAGAAAAGAAAUAAUUUAUUCUGAAUUCUUCACCACACGUUUCUUACCUUCAAUUAUGUUGUUAAAUGUCAAAAUAUAUUAAAAAAUCGCGAUAUUAUUACUCAUAAAUAACUAAAUUAAUUCUAGUGGUUGGUAAUAUUCAGCAAAAUUAAUGAAGUAGAUGUGAAAAACAGACAAAUUCAAGUUUCAAACUUCAAAUAAAUUUUGUUUCGCACCGCCAAAAUUCACCCUUGACUGCGAAUGGCUAAAAAUUAGUAAUGG